GUCUUGUCUGGCUUAAUACUGCUCCCUAGGGGGUGAUUCGCCUGGCUUGCACCGUCGUCGCAUUCUCCUUUGAUCUUUGCGCGACUUCAUUCCUGUACAUGCAUACAUCAUCGCGAGUCCGGUAGGCUGUUUGGCCCACAACCUCAGAAUCUCCGUCGAUAAUUUUAAUGCCGCCACCGACUGAUGGGACCGAUCCAGUCCUGCGGUUGGGGGAUGCCCCGAGGAUGCCCAGUGGGAGACAUUCAUUUGUAUCCUCCGCCGGGCAUCCCGACGCACUGCUUUUUUCCGACUCUGGACCUUCGCUUUGUACCACUGGUCGAGACUUUUUUUUACCUUCUCCUCGACCAGGUAUAUAUUUUUACCAACACUUUUUACUUUUUCAUUCGUGUCAAUCGCUCACACCACGGCGCCAGUUGGUUGAAACGGGAAAAAUCAUCGUGGCGCCCUUUUUGCAUGCACUCACUCGCUGUGCUUUAUUUAGAAGGGGAAAGGGGAUGCUUUGGACGGUUUGGUUUACGAGCUUGGCUUGGCAUAUAGAGGGUUCGAGUUGUUUGUCCUGGAACAUAUGGGAUUCGAGGGACCAAGUGUCCCGACGACAUCAAGGAGGAAAGGGGGUACCACCUACGUCUUUCGACCGGCCUUCAUCAAUGGCCCACUACUAUGGAACACCUACACCAUCACCACUACCACUACCGCCACGACCACCCACCUGUCCGGGCAUCCUCGGCUCAGCCGUCGGAUCCAAUCACAUCUAUCUCCUGAUCGAUCUCAGAUUCACUGAAUGGGCAGAAGACAGAUCCCACAUUUCGUUGAUUCCGAAGAAUGUGGUCCUGAUCUGACGACGGGUGGAAUCCUCCUCAUCAUCUCUUUUCCACCUUUUUUUACACUUUUUUUUCUUUCCAUAGUAGCUAUUCUUAAUUCUAAACCGAUAGCGUUAUGACUUAUGAAAUGAAACAUUGUUGAAAUCAGCA